UUGUUGUGUAUGUUAUAAUUAUGUAAAAAUGUAUUCAAUGUUUUCACAUCGUGUCUAUCUCCUGUUUGAUUACACAUUUCUCAAUUACGUACCUCCGGAUAUCCAUUUGAUGUGAUAUCACCUAUGUUAGGUUUAGCGGUAGCCCCGCGGUGUAGCUUAUCCUUCACGAUAAAUCCGAUAAAAGAACAUCUUCAUCAAGCUCUCCGGAACUCCAGUUACUCCAGUUGAUUCAAUUCCGGCACACCAUUUUCACUAAGGUACAAUACCGUCCCUUUCUUCUACUCACCUGGUUAAUGUUUGUUUGUUAUCACAUAAUCAGACAUCAAUUGUCAGCAACCAAUUGUUGUUCCAUGGUGACGUUGGUGCUAGAACUGGAAUUGCUACAAUAAAAGCCCCGAGCUUGACACCCCGCCCCUCAACAUGAAUAACAUAAUAAGAUCAACAACAAGAAUACUACCACAUUCACGAUUUCAACCAUUUACUUUACCAAUUAUCAAUUCACGAAAAGCUUCCAACAUGUCGCAUACCGUGCCAAAACUCAAUGACCCAACACUGUUCAAGACCGGAGUUGCGUAUGUUAAUGGGGAAUGGGUAAAGGCAGCUUCUGGACAGACAUUUGAGGUUACCGGUAUGCUUCGCGGUCAUUAUGAGUCAAUAUGAAGUUAAAGAGCUAACAUAGUUACUCUGCAGAUCCAUCUACUGGAAAGUUCAUUGGAAAUGCUCCAGAGUUCGAUGUAGAUGACACGAAGAAAGCAAUCGAUGCCGCAGCCGCAGCCUUCCCCUCAUUCAGAACUACAACAGGACGCGAGCGAGCCAAGCUAUUACGGAAGUGGUAUGAUUUGAUGGUACGCCAGACAAAUAACGUCGAAUACAGUGAGGAUAGUCACUGAUUGAUUUCAUGCAGAUUGAAAACAGUGAGGAUCUUGCCAGGCUCAUAACAUGGGAGAAUGGAAAGCCUUUGGCGGAUGCAAAGGGAGAGACAACAUACGCAGCCAACUUUUUGGAGUGGUUCAGUGAAGAAGCUCCUAGAAAUUAUGGUGACGUUAUCCCAUCGUCCAUUCCUGGGAACAGAGUUAUCACCUUGAAGGAGCCUGUUGGUGUCGUUGGACUUAUUACGCCGUACGUCUACCCACAUGAGAGCUACGCAAUACUAAUUUAGUCUAGAUGGAACUUCCCAGCUGCUAUGAUCACAAGGAAGAUUGCACCUGCGUUGGCAGCUGGUUGUACAGUUGUUGCAAAGUCUCCUGGUGAGACACCCUUCACCUCACUUGCCCUCGCCGAACUUGCACAUAGAGCAGGGAUUCCUAAAGGUGUAGUCAACUUUGUCAGCGCUCUCAAGAACACACCCGCUGUAGGCGAGCUCCUCACUACAUCCCCGAUCAUUAAAAAAGUCUCUUUCACUGGAUCUACUGGCGUGGGUAAAAUUUUGAUGAAGCAGUCAUCUUCAACAUUAAAGAAAUUGUCUUUUGAGCUUGGUGGAAAUGCUCCCUUUAUUGUAUUCGACGAUGCAGACCUUGAUGUUGCAGUAGCUGGCGCCAUUGCAUGCAAAUUCCGUUCAUCUGGACAAACUUGCGUCUGUGCUAACCGCAUCUUUGUGCAAUCUGGAAUUUACGAUGCCUUUGCCGAAAAAUUUGCGGCAAAAGUUAAGGAUUUCAAAGUUGGAGGUGGUUUCUCCGAUGGUAUUACCCAUGGGCCCGUUAUUCAUGACCGUGCUGUCGACAAGGUGGAAGCACAUGUUCGAGACGCUGAGAAGAAGGGAGGAAAGGUCAUCCAAGGUGGGCAAAGGAUUCCUGAGCUUGGGGUCAACUUUUUCCAACCUACUGUCAUCACUGGUGUCACUCCUGAUAUGGAUAUCGCGAACGAGGAAACUUUUGGCCCUGUUGCCGGAUUACUUAAAUUCGAUACGGAAGCGGAAGUGGUUCGAAUUGCAAACUCUGCCGAUGUCGGCUUAGCAGGCUAUUUCUUUACCAAAGAUGUUGAAAGGGCCACUAGAAUCUCCGAGGAACUAGAGCUUGGAAUGGUUGGUAUCAAUACUGGCUUGAUUAGCGAUGUUGCAUCUCCAUUUGGUGGUGUUAAGGAGUCCGGAUUUGGACGCGAGGGAAGCAAAUAUGGAAUUGCAGAGUAUCAAACCAUCAAGACAGUCACAAUUGGAGGCAUGGGAAAGCCAUUGCAAAGUUAGAGGAUCAAAAAAACUUGGAAUAGGGCAGAGAAAUGAUACCACAUGUUUUUACGUUUUCAUACAGUGAAAUUUUCCGAGCUCUCAAUAUUACUGGUGAGCCAUUGUAGUAUGUGCUAGGUAGUU